AUGUUUUAUCAUAAUUGCAGUGGUUUGAGAGUCUUCACUGAAACCUGGUUGAACGAUUCAUUCAAAAAUGAAGAAAUACUUGAUAGCACUUGGUCCGUAUAUAGAAAUGACCGUGAUUAUAAUUCCACGGGUGUGGUGUACUUUCCCCCAAAUUCUGACGAGUCCUCAUACAAUAAUUUCUUUACAAUAAGUAACGAUAUAUUCACGAUUAUGAAUGAGGAUGAUAAUAUUGUAAUUUUGGGUGAUUUCAAUCGACCAUCAUUAUCUUUUGCCAUCGAUGAUUUUGAUAACCAACUUCUUCCUAUCAAUUUCAUGGAUGACAUAGAUUUUGACCUUAUUAGUACUUUUUAUGGGAACGACUUACAGCAGGUUUUUUGUUACCCCAACAGUAGAGGUAAUUGGUUGGAUUUAGCAUUUUCUAAUGCUUAUGACACCAUUAAUGUUCGUUUUGCCACUGACGAAGAAAAUCUUUUCCGAAACUCAAUCCAUCACAACGCGUUGGUUUUAGAACUACCCUAUUCCAACCAUAAAUUCUCAAAUACUUACAAUAACGAAAUUGUAUAUGAUUUUAUGAACGCUGAUUACCACGGUAUCAAUUAUGCCCUUAGUAUAAUUGAUUGGGAAACGUUGUUGGAGCAGCAUAAUUUAGAUAAUAUUAUCUAUGAUUUUUAUUCCAUUAUCUUUGAAAUAAUUGACAACCACGUUCCGAAAAUCCGUAGAAAAGACAAAUUAAAAGAACCUUGGUUAGACCGUAAUUUAAGACAUUUACGCAACUGGAGAAAUAAAUUGUACCAUAAAAUUAAGCACUCUGGUAAUGACAACAACUCACUUAUAAAUGAUUAUAAUCAGUUGGCGAAUGAAUUUAAGAUUAAGGCAAACGAGGCAUAUGAUAAUUAUGUCCAAAAUAUCGGUAACUCAAUAAUGAGCAACCCUAAAAAGUUUUUCGACUUCGUUAACACUAAACGUAAAUCAUCAGGUUACCCGAUUUCGAUGUGUAUGAAUGGCAAAAUGUCUUCAUCCCCCACGGAAAUUUGUAACUUUUUUGCUGACAACUUCCAGCAAAUUUAUCGCCCUGAGUUACACUCUAAUAAUGUUAAUUUCAAUCCUGCACCCCUUGUUAAUAAUACCAACCCGCUUUUCGAAUACUUUUAUUUAUCGGUAGAAAAUGUUUUUCAGGGCAUCAGUAGUCUGGACGUUAAGAAGGGAUCUGGUCCUGACCUUCUGCCACCAAUAUUUCUUUACAAUUGUCGCUACACCCUGUCAAACCCUCUUACCUCAAUAUUUAACAGAUCUAUAUCCACCGGAAUUUUUCCAUCAGCUUGGAAAAAUUCAUAUCUGAUACCAAUUCACAAAAAAGGUGACAAAACAGCGAUAGAAAACUACAGAGGUAUUGCUAUUCAGUCUGCUAUCCCAAAAUUAUUUGAAAAAUUAGUUACUAAUAUACUUGCACCGGUCAUCAAUCCAUUAUUAAAUAACGAGCAACAUGGUUUUAGAACUGGUCGCUCGACAACCUCAAAUCUUACAGUUUUCACAUUUGACGUUCUUUCAUUAAUGGAAAAAGGUUUUCAAGUUGAUACGAUAUAUACGGAUUUCAAAUUAUUAAAAAAUAAAAAUGUGACCUACAAAGUCAGGAUGAUGAACAAUAAGCAGUUAAAGCUUGUUGUAGAUAUGGAGAUGAACUACAGGAAUAUCAUAAGGAUAUUGAAUGAACCACGGAUGGAAUGGCAUGCAUAUGAAAAUAAGCAAACCGGACCAAUCAAACUUAUAGUAAGAAAUCUUCAUUCAACAUUCAAGCCGGAAGGUAUAAAAGAUGACUUACGAUCUAGGAAUUAUAAAAUUCUAGACGUAUUAAAUAAAGUUGAAAUGGAGGAAAUCACAGAAAUGAGCUAUUCAACGCUGCUACAUCCGGGGGCACAGGGUUGA